AUGAGGCAGCCGUUCAAGGGCCGACAGACAACGAAGAAGAUGUCAUUAGAUGGAUCCGUCUAUCUGGUUCGCGUAUUGGAGCUGUCAACCACGGAGAUCAUGCCUGACCCCAAGGGUCCUGUCUGGCCUCGCUUUGGCAGUGACCCAGCUCCUCCUACAAUAGAUGGUGUACUCGUCCUACAUGAUAUCACCCAGCCGUCGACUUUCCCGGAAACUGCGAAACUAUUAGAUUCCGUGGCUGCCUCUUCACUUCCGUUUGUAGUGCUUGCCAGCAAAAGCGACGUUAUUCCAACUCAUAAUGGGAUCCGUGACCCUGUCCUCGAACGAUAUGAAAUCCACAAGGCAACACCGGAAUCACCGCGAUCGCAAAAGAUGUGUAUAGCACUGGUGUUGCGAUCUGUUGUUAACAAUAAGCGUGACAUUGCGCUCUCGCAUAACGGCCAAGCAAACAAAGCCGUCACAGGGAACUCGUCGCAAACCUCGUUGCAAGCGAAUCCCCCCAUCGCGCACGGAUUUCCUCAUCACGCUCGUCCGAAUCAAGAAGCAGCCGCUGGCGGCCCAACAACUACUAGUUCUACUGCUCCAGCUCAAAGAGCAGACGGAAGCGGUGAGAUCCGCGGGCCCACGGACCAGCUGAAUACUAGCAGUGGUGCUACAAGUACCGGUGCUACCUCGAACGCCGUUUCAAAUAAUGCGCAUGGCUUAUCCAGGUUCGCCCGGAGCAAUUCGAACCCUAUGCGACCGCAAACUCCACCUUCUGGGACUCAAUUGAACCCGCACGACCCUUUGGCCUCGGACGGGAAUUCACCCAACAAGGAUCAGUAUCUCAAUCGACAACAACGACUACAUACCGAGUGGCGGAACAGUGGUAGCUCGGAUGCUUUCGACAAUUUCUUGGCUAUGGAAGAGGAGAUUGUUGGACCGCGGAGUGCUCCGCCCAGUCCUGACGGGAGCAGGGACAAGAGCAACGACGGGGCUUCCAGCGAUGUCGGUUACACGUUCGACGAGCUCGUUGAUCGCCUGGUGUCGCAACCGGUGUCAAGACAGGACUCAAAAUUUGCGGCCAUAUUCUUGUGUCUUUACCGCAAAUUUGCGGCCCCUGCACAGCUCCUCAAUGCGCUGAUUAAGCGGUUCGACCGGAACGAAAAGAACAAUACCGACCAGCUCUCGCGCAUUGCCGAUCAGCUCCAGCUACUAAAUGUCAUGGCCCAAUGGGUGUCGGAGUACCCAGGGGAUUUGGCCCAUCCCCGUACCCGGAAGCGGAUAGUUGAUUUUGUCUCGACACUAGAGCGUAGCCAUUUCUACAUGUUUGCUGCGAAGGAGGUUAGCUCAUAUCUUGAAAUCCCGGCGGAAGAUGACGAUGUGGGCUGGCCAUUUUCGGACACCGAUAUUGAAGAAUUGAAUAUCCCGGAUACCCCGUUGGUCAGCUCGGGUCGGAACUCGCCAUCGACUUUCCUCGGCGCACCAGCACCUACCCCGCAGGAGGAAGAGGAGGAAGAAGAAGAUCCCAUCUACAACCUUAGCGCGGUGGAUUUGAGUGAGGGGUUAACGGACCCAUCAAUGAAGCUGUCUGGACCACCAUCGAGCUCGUCACUGGUUGAGAAGCCCGGCAGCAUCGUGAGCCAAUCUUUUACGCUAAUGAGUACUGAGGCUGCACAGAAAGAAGCUCACCAUCUGGAACUUACGCCAAUGAUUCCGAUUUCCAAGAUCAUAUGGCGGCAAUUCAUGGAUUUUUCAGACGAAGACGUUGCGCGGGAAUUGACACGGCUCGACUGGGUUAUGUUCAAUUCAUUCCGGCCACGGGACCUUGUGCGCCAUGUUAGCAUCUCGGGGCCGGACAAGGAUAAGAUUAAGAGUCUGCAGAAUGUCAAUCGAAUGAUUAAGCAGUUUAAUCAUUUGGCUUUCUUUGUUGCGAGCAUGAUUUUGCUUCGCGACAAGCCUAAGCAUCGGGCGAGGGCGCUGGAGAGGUUCAUGAACAUUGCGUUGAAACUGCGCCGUCUGAACAACUACAACUCCCUAGGAGCAGUAAUAGCCGGGAUCAACGGUACACCGGUCCACCGACUCUCGCAAACCCGCGACCAGGUACCCGUCCAGGUCCAAAAGGAUUUCAUGAGACUGGUUAUCCUCAUGGGAACUCAGAAGAGCCACUUUGCCUACCGACUGGCAUGGGACAACUCAUUCUCCGAACGAAUCCCAUUUCUUCCACUACACCGUCGCGAUCUCGUUUCUGCCGAAGAAGGGAACAAGACCUUCAUUGGCGAAGGCAAGUCGCGGGUCAACUGGAAGAAGUUUGAAGUCAUGGGUGAAGUCGUGUUGUGCAUCCAGCGGAGUCAGAAGACGCCGUAUUCCCAGAUGCACAGGUACGAUGACAUCCAACGGUUGAUUCUGGAUAUCAAACUGGCUGGUGAUGAGGAGGAACUGUAUGCGCGCAGCAUGCACGUCGAACCAUCAGCCGGUGGAGAAACCGGACGCAAGAAGUUCGGCUGGUUACGCUCGUGA